AUAGCAGACUGUGACACUGAGAUUGGCCAGGUUGGGUGCGCAGAGCCCCCGACGAGCUGCCCCCGCCCCAUCUCCGCUGCCGCAGUCCCGGGGAAGGGCGGAGGAGGAGCUGCUCCCCGACAUCGUGGCCCACGAAGGGGUGGGUGGCGGUCAGAGGCGGUCUCCCCCGCCGGGUCCGUUUCGGCCCAGACCGCUCAGCCCGCUUCCAGGGCAGCCAUUGUCAUGGACACCCCCAAGGCUAUAAAACCAGGUAUCCAGGCGGGCGGCAGCUCCCGCGCCGCCGAGCCCCCCAAGUAAGGAGCAAGCGCCCUGGCGUGGCCCGGCCCCCGCGAGAGGGGAGGAGGCGGAGGAGCGGCGCCAGCAGAUGAGAAGCGGCGCGCCCCGCCAGGGCUAGAGGCAGGCGCGCACGGCGGGCGCCACCGUCUCUUCGGGGGAGCGGGGCUGCCCCGGGUGCGGGUGAGUGGCGCGGCUCCCAGCCACGAGGGACUGAGAGGCGCCGGACACCGGGAAAGCAGCGGGAGAGUCAGGAGGGGCCUGAGUUUCGGUUCCCGUCGUCUGGUGGCGGGCCAGGUGCGGAGCCCGGAGUAGCAAGCAAUCUACACCUUCAGGCGGGAAGCUCAAGAAAGGAGCCGCGAGACACCAGGGUUGCAGCCCAGGAGCGGCGGGGCAACUGGGGACCGAGCCGGAACCUCAGGACCCUCCGCUGCAGCCGCCCACGCAAGGAGGGGGCUAUACCAGAGCGCCCGGGAGCCCGGCGGGGCGCGGGAGCAGGGGCGCCCCCGCGCGGAGCUGCCUGGCCGCCUGGGCGCGGCGGCCGAGGCCAUGCUUAAGCCCAAGGACCUGUGCCCCCGAGCGGGUACGCGCACCUUCCUGGAGGCCAUGCAGGCGGGCAAAGUGCACCUGGCUCGCUUUGUCCUGGAUGCGCUGGACCGUAGCAUCAUCGACUGCCGCGCGGAGCAGGGCCGCACGCCGCUCAUGGUGGCCGUGGGCUUACCAGACCCCGCGCUGCGCGCGCGCUUUGUGCGACUACUGCUGGAGCAGGGUGCGGCAGUGAACCUGCGGGACGAGCGCGGCCGCACAGCGCUCAGCCUGGCGUGCGAGCGCGGCCACCUGGACGCCGUGCAACUGCUGGUGCAGUUCAGCGGCGACCCCGAGGCGGCCGACUCGGCAGGCAACAGCCCGGUGAUGUGGGCGGCCGCGUGCGGCCACGGGGCGGUGCUCGAGUUCCUGGUGCGCUCCUUCCGCCGCCUAGGCCUACGCCUCGACCGCACUAAUCGGGCGGGCCUCACGGCCCUGCAGCUGGCGGCCGCCCGCGGCCACGGGACCUGUGUGCAGGCCCUCACAGGGCCGUGGGGCCGCGCAGCCGCCGCUGCCGCGGCCCGGGGCUCCAACUCUGACAGCCCCCCUGGCCGUCCGGUCCCCGCGCCCAGCCCGGAGCGCCGACGACCCAGCCCCCGCCGCCUACCGCGGCCUCUCCUGGCGCGCUUUGCCCGAGCGGCGGGCGGCCAUGGUCACGGCGGCGAGGCUGGCUCGGGGGGUAAGGGCUUCGGUCGGCAUCGGGCACAGGGCUGCGAGCGGCCGGAGCUGGGCCGGAGCAUGAGCCUGGCGCUGGGUGCCGUGACCGAGGAGGAGGCGGCGCGACUGCGAGCGGGAGCCCUGAUGACCCUACCGCACUCGCCCCAGUCCUCGGGGGCUGGGCGGUGGCGGUCGCAGGAGGUGCUGGAGGGAGCGCCCCCAACCUUAGUGCAAGCCCCCAUUGGUCUUAGCCCCCACCCCGAAGGCGAUCCCGGCUCUGGCCGCUUGGGUUUGCGCCGACGCUCCACAGCUCCAGACAUCCCCAGCCUGGUCGGGGAGGCAUCUGGGCCAGAGAGCGGCCAAGAAUUAGAGCCCAAUGCUCUGCCACAUUCGGUGCCCGGGCCUCAGCCUUGGCAGGGGGGCACGGAGGCCGUGGUGCUGCACGCUCAGCGGUAAACAGCCUCGAGGCUGAGUCCUGCUCCCCCCACCUCCCAAUCUCUGCUCUACUGGGAUUUCUUUUUCCCAGGCCCGUCACUUUCCUGCCAGUUUCUUACCCACAGAGCCUAGAACUUGUCCCUACUGCUGAGAUGAGACCUCCCUCCCUCAGCCCUCUCUCUGAAAGGGACCCCAUCUUAUUUCUUUUUUGUGCUUGUUGAUACUCCCUAAGUCUCACAUUCUCUGAAGGCUUGCUGUUCCUGUUGUGAAAAAGCAAGGAGUAGAAGACUGAAUCCAUAGGCUACAACCUUCCAACUGGACUUCCUUCCCUCCUUGCUAAGGUGCAGUCCAGAGUCCUUCUGGCUCCCGCAGGGUUUCCUUCCCCUUGGAGGGUUUUCUCACACCCGCAUCAGCCAGGCAGAGAUGAGUUGACCUGUAGAACAAAGGCCUAGUCUCCCCACUCCAACUCCAAUGAUGCUGACAAUAAUGCCCCACACCACCUAAAUCUCCCUUCCCCUUAAGUGCUGGAGUGUUGGAGAAGGGGAGCCCUUCUGGACAGAAGGGAAGGAAUCUGGAAGUUUGGUUUUUCUGGGGAGAAACUCCUGCCUCAAGACACUGAAAGCAGCUUUUGAGGGUGGCAGGAAUGCCAGUUGUCCCUUGAACCAGCAGCUAAGUAAUUUUAGCUCCCUCUGCCUGAGCCAGAUCCAAAGAUUCAACUUCAUUGACAAUGUGGGGUCUUCCGCCCCCUCCCCUUGCCCAGCCCACUUCUGGGCUCUUGAGUUAUUUCCUCUCACUUUCAGAGACCUGAAAUGAAAAGAACGUAGCCCUUCCCCCGUCCCCACCUCCUCCCAGCUCCCCUGUCCCGCACGUGGGUGCUCCCGCAGGGUGGAACGGUAGCGAAGGCUUUGCUUAAUUGUAUUGCUUCCAAUCCUCAAAGAACUCAUGUUCUGAGUCUUUGUAUGUGAAGCAGAAAGCAGCGGGUCUGAUCCGAGGCUUAAGAACCUGACAAUGUCUCUUUAAAUAGAAGCUCCGCGAGGGGGAUAAUUGACUGAAGUGUUUGCCACGGUAAACGGCUGCGGCGCGAGGGAGUCUGAAGCCCACACGAGCCUCAGGUCCGGGUUUAAAUUAUAUCAAACUGGCGAGAGCUAGAAGGAGGCUGUUAAACGGUUCCUGCUUCUUGCUGGGCCGUUAAUGGAGGGCAGGGCAGGGCAGAUGAUGGAUGCUAGAGGUCGAGACCAAGGACCCCUGCCUCUGCCCCAACGCGUGGGACGCAGGCUCGGCCCAGCUUCAAUACUGGGCAGAUUAGUGAGUCAGAGGCAACUGUGGAGAGGUGGUUAAAGGCCUUUUCUUGGCAUGGCCCUUGGCCCUCUCCAUCCUCGCCCCCGCCCUCUUUGUGUCAGCCAAGUGGGAGGGGUCCGGAGGAUCUGGCGAAUCGCGUGCCCUGCGGAAGCGCCAGCACACGAACCCGCGCGCCCAGCGGUUCGUGGUAGCGGGGCGUGGGGGAGUUUUUUUGUGAAUCCCUGAGGUUGAGUUUGCAGCCACUCACCCGCCGGCAGUGGGGUCCUUUCAAGACGUCGAUCUGUUCAUCUUUGCAGAACGGAAGGGUUAUCGCCAGUAACUCUAAGGAAACUGCCCAGAGCGAGAAUAACCUGUGAUGAGAAAUUGGGCCUGCGGUGAGGGGUGGGUGAUCAGAGGCCCGCCUCGUAUAGGUGUCAGACGCUUCCGCAGGGCUUCCACCCCUCCAGGGUCCGCGAGGCUGCCCGGGCCCAGACUCUGGACGUGAUCUCUGGUGCCCCCUGGUGGCAACACUGCGCUCUAGUUGCCCCCUGGCUCGGAGUUCAGACUUCUGGUUUUGUUUGAAAUCAACGCUGUGUACUUCUCCGUUCCUGUGCACUUACCCGUGGAAUCCUCUUCCUCUUGUAGUAUGUUAAAUCCGGAUACUUGAAGUCAUUUCACAGGGACAAUGAACAAAAAGCUCGCAUGUGGAGUAGCAGGAACCCAGACCCUUCACUUAGGACCCCAAGAUCUUCCAAGGCUGCAUGUGGAGAGCUCCUGCUGACUUCUGAGAGACUGAGAGCUUCCAAGCGGUCCCUUGUGAUUUCUGAACCUACUGUUAAGAAUCAGUGGGGCCUACUGAUUCUGUACUGUUUUCUUCUGAUAAGAUUUGCUUUCGUUUCUGGGGUGUUUUGCCCUUUCCCCCACUCUUCUCUCCCUGAAUAUCUGCCUCUCCUCAGUCCCACUGUCUGAGUGGUGGGUUAACUGAAAAGUUCUGAAAAAGCACCUGAAAAGCCAGAGGGAGAAGAUCUGGGGUGGGAUAGGGGGUGGUAACUGGAUGUGCCAAGUGCAAACUCCUUUUUUCCCCUGAUCCUUGCUUGCUCACUUAUCCAACUGUGUUUAAUUUUUAUGAAGUUUUUAAUGGUGUAAGAAUAUAAGUAUUUUGGCUUCUUCAAAACACCACAUUGAAGACGUGGGUCUGCGUUGCAUGUUGUGUUGAAGGUGCUGUCGUGUUUUAAGUGUUGCUGACACGGGGAUUUCUGGUUGAAGGUCACCCUAGGCCCUCUCUAUUGGGUAAACAACUUCGAGGGCUCCUCUCUGUGGAGUUGCCAAGGGUUUGAUGGUUGAAAGUGCUGUUUCUAAAAAACCACAGCAGAUCUUUCCUGUCUGAACUAAAUUGUGUAUUUUGACUGCCUUGCUGUUCUUGCAGACUUCUUACCUGGCCCAGCUCUGUGCAAAACUUUGACGUUUCACCACAAUUCGCUCUCCUGAACUUCCUCUCAUUGUCAGCUCCAGAGCAUUGAGGCUGGGGUCCUCUUGAGCUCACUCUGGUCUAGCAGAGACUUUUUGAAACAUUUUGCUUUUCCAAUUCUUGUUGCUUUCAUCCUUGUGAAGUCACCUGUGCCGCUGGAGCUGAUGUAAGCUCAGAACUGGUCUGUGUGUGAGGCUAAAUGACACAAUGCACAUGUUUUGGGAAUGACACUGCAGUGGAAGGACUCUUAGAACUCAAAAGAACAGUUAAUAAAUCCAG